AUGCUUUUUGAUCAACAACUUGGGAGGAGAAUUGUUAAGAAAUGUGGUGGAUUGCCUUUGGCUUUAAAAGUUAUUGGGGGGUUUCUACAAAAUGAACUUAAGGAGCAAACAUGGAAUGAUGUGUUUAAUAAUAAUUUAUGGGAUCCCAAGGAAAUUAUUUUGUCUGCACUAAGGAUAAGCUACAAUCACUUGCCAUCAUACCUUAAACCAUGCUUUUUAUAUGCAUCUCUGUUCCCAAAGGAUCAUUACUUUGAGAAACUAGAAUUGAUAAGAAUGUGGAUCGAUCAAGGUUAUAUUCAACUUACAGAAAGAAAAUGUUUGUGGGAAGAUAUUGCAGUUGAAUAUUUUGAAGACUUGGUGAGAAGGUCAUUCUUUCAAUGCUCAAAACACAAACAAUUCGUUUUACAUGAUAUGGUGCAUGAUUUAGCUCAAUCUAUAACUAGAAAUGAGAUAUGUUCUUCAUUAGAUUUUGAUGAAUUGAAGAAUUUCCCCCAAAAUGCAAAGCAUGUAUUCAUAAAAGAUGCAAAGUUUGAUCAGGUUAUUCCACAUGGGAAUAUAAGAACACUUUACAUUCAUGAAUUAGAUCUUUUCUCUGCGGCGGUACAUUAUCAAAAUUUUUGUUCCAAGAUUGUAUUCUCUCAUUUGAGCUGCUUGCGUGUUUUGAGAUUUUAUGCACCUUAUUUUAAAUGCAGCUUUGAAUGUAUAAAUUCGAUAGGUUACUUGCAACAACUCCGUUACCUCUCUAUCUGUGCAGUUGAAAUCCAUAUGACAGAACACUCAUUAUGUAGCCUUUACAAGUUACAAACACUAAUACUCCAAUCUGAAUUUAUAAGUAUGCCUCCCCAUGCAAUGGGAAAACUUAUCAGCUUACGUCACUUGAUGAUUAGUGCAAGAUGCAAUCUAGUUGCGGUGCCUCAAUCAUAUUUCGGGAGAAAAAAUCUCCUUUCUUUUAGAUUUAAACAAAAAGGAUAUGAGUUUUUGGGAUCUGCAAGAGAAGAAUUGUUUGAAUCUACAUUUGACGUAAUAAGAGAUGACCCCUAUUCUAAUAUUAGAUGGUUGAAACCCCUAACAAAUUUACAAAAAUGCCUGAAGCUUUAUAGGCUUGAAAAUUUUUUCGAUCGUGAAGAUGCAAAGAGUGCCAAUUUACAAAGUAAGCCAUAUGUCGAGAGUCUAUCACUUAUAUGGAAAUGUCGUAAAUAUGAUAAAUGUGCAAGGAAUGAUAAAGCUAUUCUUGAAGGCCUCCAACCCCACACAAACAUUAAAGAGUUGACAAUAAAAGGCUACAAUAGUAGCAGCUUCCCAAGUUGGUUUGGAAAUCCUCACUUCUCCAAUUUAACAAAAAUAAGGUUGAGAAAGUUCUACAACAAUGAAGAAUGCAAGUUUCUUCAUUUGUCCAAGCUACCAUCUCUCACAUCACUUAAAAUUAAAGUUAAUGAAGGGAUAACUAGAAUUGGGCAAGAUUUUUGGUGUUAUAAUUUUCCUCCUGAUUGGCAUGAGAAUUACUCUAUAGAGGCACAUAUGGAUUUUCUUUCAUUCGAAUAUCAGACACAUAAAAGUUUGCAUGAAUGGAAAGAGCGGCCAAUGGAGAGGAAUGGAGAUUUCUUGAGCCUUAAGUGUUUACACUUAAUAAAUUGCCACAAGCUGCAACUGAUAUCAAACCUCCCAUCAAGACUUGAGACAAUUUAUGUGCGAUCCUGUGAAAGCCUUGAAUAUAUUAAACUUCCUUACAGCUCACGACAUCUUUUUAGGCUUCAAAAAGUGAAAAUUCAUCAUUGUCACAAUCUCAAGUCAGUGAUCAACUUGAAUAAUCUUCUUGGCACUCUUAAACUUUUGAAGUUAGAUAGUUGUUACCGACUUAGGCCCGAUCUUGAUGAAGAAUUUGAUCAUUCAUUUAGAAGAGUUUCAUUUGAAGAAGGCUUUGCACUUGUAAUUGAAUGUCCAAGGAUGAGAGAGUGGUGCCAAUGGCAUGGUUUCACCUAUGAAGAGGAAUCUGAUGACAGCUCUUCUGAGGAGGUAUCUGAUGACAGCUCUUCCGACAUAUCUGACGAGGAAUAUUCAAUGUGA